AACAUAUAGAGUUAUGGAUACCAUCACUAGCAUCUGCCAACAACAACACUGGGAAUCACCUGAGCUUCAUGCCCUCCUAAAUGAUCUUACCCAUAACGACUUCAACACUGUCUUUAGAUCCGUCCCUGCUUUAAGUGCCAGGCUCAAGGAAGACAUCAUGGGGCGUUGCUUCAUAGCCAGAGUAGCAGGUUCCUUUUAUGGAAGACUUUUUCCAAGCAAAACCAUUCACUUUGUUCAUUCUUCUUACAGUCUUCAUUGGCUCUCAAAGGUCCCAGAAGGAGUUGAGUAUAACAAGGGGAACAUAUAUAUAGCAAAGUCAAGUCUACCUAAUGUAUCUAAAGCUUAGGCGGAGCAGUUUCGAGUCGAUUUUUCAAAUUUUUUACGCUUUUGUUCCGAAGAAAUGGUAGAUGAAGGACGAAUGUUGCUGACAU